AAUGUUAGGUUCGUAUUUAUUUUCAAAGAGGGUCCAACCAACAUUAUCAUUAUCUUCCUACUUCUUGUUUACUUUCUCAAUUUCUUUUUCCUGUACUAUGUCUAAUGUGAAACACCAACUCACACAUUUGCUAUCUUCUUUGCUUCCCAUUUAUCAGGGGAUUCAGACAAAUAGUAACAAUUAGCAAGGUAUAUAUAGUGUAUGGACCUUUGAAGCAUCAAUUAUCUACUAUGGGUACUAAUAAUAAGUGGAUGGCAUUUGAAGCAAGCAAUAGUACUAGCAAUGUUACAACAAUGAUAUCAAAUAAUGAGAUUAUUAAUGAUGAAGCUAGUAUGGCUAAGAGGGUAGCAGAAUGGGGGUUAGCAGUGGUGGCAGCAGAUGGAGGAGAAGCAACCUCUUCGACCUCGAAUGUGGUGGUUCGAGUGUCAGGGGAUGGCAAUCGGAGCAAGAACUCGUACGACCGGACCAUGACCGAGGUGACAAGGAUGUCGGAUGAUUCAACACAUUCUAGGACAUCUGAUAAUAUACUAAGAGUGUCACAAGAGUUGAAAGAUGCAUUAGGCAGUUUGCAACAAACUUUUGUGGUGUCUGAUGCUACAAAACCUGAUUGUCCUAUUAUGUAUGCUAGUAGUGGCUUUUUUACUAUGACUGGCUAUUCUUCUAAGGAGGUUGUUGGACGCAAUUGUCGAUUUUUGCAGGGGGCAGAAACGGACCAGAACGAGGUGGAGAAGAUAAGACAGGCAGUAAAAAAUGGAGGAAGUUACUGCGGUAGAUUAUUGAAUUACAAGAAGGAUGGUACACCUUUCUGGAACCUUCUUACUGUUACCCCUAUUAGAGAUGAUCAAGAUCGUGUCAUCAAAUUUAUUGGAAUGCAGGUUGAGGUCAGUAAAUUCACUGAAGGAAUUAAUGACAAGGCAGUACGUCCUAAUGGCUUGCCCAAAUCAUUGAUCCGUUAUGAUGCUCGUCAGAAGGAAGCAGCAUUGGGUUCCAUAGUAGAGGUUGUUCAGACUGUGAAGAAUCCACGAUCUAGCAUUCAGUCUGUGAAUAAUGAUGCUGACAAACGGGAGGCUUUAGGGAAGUUCAAUCUCGAUACUCUUCAGCCAAAAAAUGCAGAAACUGACAGUGUGGGAACUCCUGGUAGGCAGACUCCUAAACUUGAUGCAUCUAGUAGAGAUUCAGUGGGCUCUAGGAAAUCAGCACGUAUUUCUUUAUUGGGGUUCAAAGGGAGAUCUUCUGCGAAGCAUGAACGACAACCAAGUCUUGAGCCGGAGUUUCUGAUGCCAAAAGACGUAGAUCCUGCUGACAACUGGGAGCUUUCAGAAAGAGAAAGGGAUAUACGACAAGGAAUUGAUCUAGCGACAACAUUGGAGCGUAUCGAGAAGAAUUUUGUAAUAAGUGAUCCCAGGCUUCCAGAUAAUCCAAUUAUUUUUGCAUCUGAUAGCUUUCUUGAAUUGACUGAGUAUACACGAGAAGAAAUCUUGGGAAGAAACUGUAGAUUUCUCCAGGGACCAGAGACAGAUCAGGCCACUGUCCAAAAAAUAAGAGAUGCUAUCAGGGAGCAGCGGGAUAUCACUGUUCAGUUAAUAAAUUACACAAAAAGUGGUAAGAAGUUUUGGAACUUGUUUCAUUUGCAACCCAUGCGAGAUCAGAAGGGGGAAUUGCAAUACUUUAUAGGAGUGCAACUAGAUGGAAGCGAUCAUGUCGAACCAUUACGUAACCGGCUGUCAGAGAGAGCAGAACAACAAAGUGCUAAAGUGGUCAAAGCUACUGCAGGAAAUGUAGAUGAAGCUGUUCGAGAACUGCCUGAUGCCAACUUGAGGCCAGAAGACCUGUGGGCAAUUCAUUCUAACCCUGUUUACCCAAUGCCUCAUAAGAGGGGCUCCUCCAGUUGGGCUGCAAUCCAAAAGAUUACUGCUUCCGGUGAAAAAAUUGGUUUAGAUCAUUUUAAACCCAUAAAACCAUUGGGUUGUGGUGAUACCGGCAGUGUUCAUUUGGUGGAGCUGAAAGGUACAGGAGAAUUAUUUGCAAUGAAAGCAAUGGAUAAAGAUGUGAUGUUGAAUCGUAAUAAGGUGCACCGUGCUUGCAUUGAAAGGGAAAUUAUCUCUUUGCUGGAUCAUCCUUUCCUUCCUACUCUAUAUGCUUCUUUCCAGACUUCUACGCACGUUUGUUUGAUAACAGACUUCUGCCCUGGAGGAGAGUUAUUUGCUUUGCUUGACAAGCAGCCAUUGAAAAUAUUUAGAGAGGAUUCAGCCAGGUUCUAUGCAGCUGAAGUUGUAAUUGGACUGGAGUACCUUCAUUGUUUAGGUAUCAUAUACCGUGACCUGAAGCCUGAAAAUAUAUUAUUGCAGAAGGACGGUCAUCUUGUUUUGACUGACUUUGACCUCUCAUUCUUGACAUCCUGCAAACCUCAUAUAAUAAAGCAUCCACAGCCAAAAAAAAGAAGAUCUCGGAGUCAACCACCGCCAACAUUUGUUGCAGAACCAGCUACCCAAUCUAACUCAUUUGUUGGAACUGAGGAGUAUAUUGCCCCUGAAGUCAUAACUGGAGCAAGCCAUACUAGCGCUCUUGACUGGUGGGCUCUAGGCAUUUUGUUGUAUGAGAUGCUUUAUGGACGUACACCUUUCCGGGGAAAAAACAGACAAAAGACAUUCGCGAACAUUUUGCACAAAGACCUCACAUUUCCGAGUAGCAUUCCGGUAAGUCUUGCAGCAAGACAGUUAAUUUACGCACUAUUAAGCAGAGAUCCUGCUACCAGAUUGGGAUCCCAAGGAGGGACCAAUGAAAUAAAAGAGCAUCCUUUUUUCCGUGGAAUAAACUGGCCUCUAAUUCGUUGCAUGGACCCGCCAAUCCUAGAUGUGCCGCUUGAGCUGACUAAAAGAGACUCAAACGCGAAGGAAGUUUCAUGGGAUGAUGAUGGAGUUCUUGCUACUCCUAUGGACUUAUUCUAAAAGAUAUCAAUGGUACAAACGAAAUUAUAUUCAAAGCACAGCCGAGGUGCUCAUCAGUCAUCACUAGGAGAAGAAACAUGUCAUUCAAUAUAUUUUUUAAAGAUAUGUACAUAGAGGAAGAGGUACAUAAUGGAGCGAGUAGGAUAUUUUUGUCAAUUCUAUUUCUAGCGAACGACUGAAUGAUAAUAGUUUUGUAUAUUCUAAAAUCUAACAUUGUAACUUCAGAGAGCUCCUCUUCCAUGUAUGUAAGUGAUGUUGUAGAGUCUGGUCAGCUUAAUAAGCUUGGGUUUAUAUUUUGUA